UUCACCUGAGAUCCUGACCUUUGCUCAAAGAAAAAAAAAACUAAGAUCCUGAACGAGCUGCUCCGUUUCCUGCGGCGUUGCCGCUAGAACAAAUUCCCCCAAGAUCCAGUAGGAGGAGCAUGGCAGAAGCGGCCGUCGGCGGGCCUCACCUCCCUGAGGAGAUCGUCACCUGGGAGAUUCUCAUCCGCCUGCCGCCGAAGCCCCUCGUCCGCUGCCGCGCCGUCUGCCGCUCCUGGCACCGCCGCCUCACCUCCGACGCCAAAUUCCUCUUCGCCCACCACCGCCGCCAGCCCUCGCUCCCGCUCGUCACCACCGAAGACACCCAUGAAAGAAGGAUCGACGCCCUCGACCACAGCACCGGCGAGCGGCGCCCCGUCGCGCGGGCGGCCCGGACCGCAGCCGACGAGCACUUCGAUGUGCUCGCCUCCUGCGACGGCCUCCUUAUCCUCGUCGCCUACGGCGGCGUCUACAUCUGCAACCCGGCGACUCGCCAGCACGCGCCCCUCCCGCUGCUUCACGUCUACUGCAUCGCCGGGUUAUACUUCCACCGCCCGUCGGGGUCCUACCGAGUUCUGUGCUGCUUGAAGACAACCGAGGACGGCCAGUUCCGUGCCGUAUACCAGGUGUACACACUCGGGUCCGGCGACCUCAGGUGCAUCAGGAAGGCUCUCGAGCCGUGGACGUCCGGAGAUCUAGCGCGGGCGAUGCCGAUGAUGGUGUCAUUUCAACCGCACGUCCUGGCAGGCGGCAGGCUUUACUGGCAGCCCAUUAAGUUGCCUGGUGCUGGUGGCAACGGCAAGGUGAACAACAUGCUGGUGUUCGACACCAUGGCCGAGUCCUUCCAGCAUCUGCUUUCGCCAGUCGAGGGCGCCUUUCUUGAGCCGUUUGAGAUGAACGGCACUCUUGGAUUGUACGACUACCAUGGCAGCACGGCUGAUCUCUGGGUUCUAGAGGAUCACGAGAGCUGGGCCUGGUCGUUGAAGCACCGGAUCAAGUUGCAGGUGAUGGCCUUCUCUCUGGUGCCGGACAUCCAAGGAGGCGUGCUCCUUCUUUCUGAAAAUGAGGAAUCAGGCCUUCUAUGGCAAUAUCUGCAGCAUGUUUCUGGUGCCGAUGGUAGUAUCUCCACACGGUAUGAAUGGAGCGCUUAUCUGAAGCUUAGGAGACAUAGGCUCAGAGAAAGUCUUGUUCAGCAUUCCUUCUUCUCGAUGGAAGGUAACAAUGGUGGUGGUGUGGAUGGAAAACCGUUGUUCGAUGGGUUGUCAACUGUGAAGGUGCUUACUGCUGAUAUUUCGGAGCUGCACUAAAGGAAUCCAUGAUGGACAAGUCCGUUGCAUUGUCGCGCGAGUGAGUCACUGGUGAUAAUGUUUAGUACUCCCUCCGAUCCAUAGUUCUUGUCGCUCAAAUGGAUGCUAGAUACAUCCAUUUGAGCGACAAGUAAUAUGGAUCAGAGGGAGUACUAUCUACUAUGUCUUUGCUAUCUAAGUCUGUAUGGUGCAAAGGACCCAAUAAGCAAAAGAUGAGUAACCUGAUA